AGUGCGGCGCUUGCUCGUGCCCGGUCUCGUGGCGGCCGUGCGCAGGGCGGGGGAGCCAUGCCUGUUGCACGGGGUUGGCAAGUCGACCCCGCUCCAGGCAGCUCGGGGGCAUCGCUGCAGCUUUCCUCCCCUCCCCCCAUGCGGACCUGACUCGGCUCUGCAGCGGGGUGGGAAGCUGCGGUCACUGGAGCGUGCAAAGCAGAAGUGAAUCUCGAGGCCGGGCCUCGUGGUCUCUGCUGAUGUGCUGCAAGGUCACGUCCUGCAGGUCCGCCGUGCAGGCGCUGGGGUGACUCUGGGGCUCUUCCAGCAUCGUCCCCCUGAGCCAGGCACGUGGCCAGGUCACCCCCGGGCAGGGGUUGGGCUCCCUGGGUGCAAGGGUGGUGGCUGGCACCAGAGCCUGGUGCCUCCAACAUCUGCCCUGGGCGUGAGACAUUUGCCGCCUACCCCAGGGGCGCUGUUCUGCAUUCAGGGAGGCUGCGUGCCCAGCAGGCAGCUCUGCGCCCCAGGUCCCUGCUGCAGCACCAACAGUCCCUGGCCAGGCCAGCUUUGCCCUGCAGCCCCUUUCCCAAGGCUUGUCCUGCAGCCCAGCGGUUGGGCUGUGCACCCCUGCCUGUGGUAGCUAAAUGCUGGGCACCGCCCAGCACAGCUGGGGCGCAUUUCACUUGCAAACCCUCUAUUUCCAUGCAGGGCCAGGGCGAUUUGCAUCGGGCCGGAGGGACGUGGCUUCCUCCUAGGGCUCUGAGCACGCACAGGGGAACUCGCUUCUGCUGAUGCCAGCACUUCGAUGCGCUGCAGCCCUCCCCCCGCAGGGCUGGCGAACCCUGAUGGCUCCAUGUUGGGGGCACGUGUUUGCACAAGAGCGUGCAUCGAAUUGCACAGGGAGAUGCCCAUCCUAGCAGGUCCCUGGGCUGCCGCUCACAUGUGCAGCUCUGCCAGGACCCAAGCGGGUGGCGGGGUGGGAACCAGGCGUCGCACUUACUGGCUCCUGCGGCUCGGGAAGGGCCCGGACUCUGGCCCGGAGCUGAUUGUUUACCCGAGCUCCCUUCCCCCUGCGGGGGAGAGCGGCUGCCGCGCUCGGCCCUUGGCCGUGGCUCCAGCCCUUGGUGCACAGAGCUCCCUGCUGCCGCCUGGGUCACGUCCUGCUGCUUCCGGACGGCGGCCCUGACCUCCAGGACGGCAUGUUCUGGACACAGCAGCCUCCCGGGCAAGGACGGUGUGGCUUGGGGAGGGGUCCAGCACCCCCAAAGUACUGUGCAGGCCGGGGAGAUCAGCCCAGCCCAGGGGUGGGGGGCACAUCGGGGGGUGAGGACGCAGGCUUGGCUGCUUGGGAGCCAGCGGCUGUUUUCAGGCAGGAUCCCAGUGGGCGUGGAAGGCAGCUAAUGAGAACCUGCUGUCGCUGCCCGGGGCUGAGCCGGAGCCGCUUGGUGACAAAGCACGGUCUUCAUGGCCCGGCCCUGCCUGUGCCCCAGUGGCAUCGGCUGACAUUCGGGGUCCGGAGCCGCCCACGGCCAGGGUGAUGCCUCUGUACUAAUGCUCCGGCAAAUCUGCCAGGCCGCGGGCGCCCUCCAUACCCUGGUUCCCGCGUCUCUCAAUGCUCAACAAUGCCCGGGAUUGUUUGCUGGGUGGGGGGAGCUUGGUAUUAAAAAUCGGACUUUAGGAUAAAACAGAGGAGCGUCUGUGCGAGGGGCUUUCAUCUCCCAGGAGCGUGCAACCCCCCCGGGGCCCGAAGCUCGCGAUGCGCAGGACGUGACACGGGCCCGGCGGUUCCCGUUGACGUCAGUGGGGGGAGAAGGAGUGUUAAACAGAUGCAAGCUCUGCUUUUAAUCUUCAGAUGGAGGCAUAAUUAUUCCCAUCUCGCGGGCAGGGCUGGGCCUGACACUUGUGGCCAGGACAAAAGGCGCUAUGUGAGGAGUGCUCUGCGGCCUGCGUCAAGGCUUCCCUUGUCCCCGCCGCCCCCGAGGCAGCGCAGCGCAGUGCAUGCAGCUCUGGGGGGGAGCAGGUACCCAUUGGGGUGGCGACGGCCCGUGCCCGUCGCUGAAGAGAGGCGCUGGGGGUCCCUGGCAUGGCAAGCUGCUCCAAGCCCCCAAGGUGGGGUCCCAGCCUGCCCGAUGCUGGGGACCAGCUACGGGCUCAGCAAGGGUCAUGCUGGCUUGCAGCCGUGUGUUUGGGGAGGCCAGAGACUUGGCCCCGCAGCGAGCGGCUCCUGACCCAGGUGUGUGCCUUGGGUCUCAGUGGAGGCCCCCACUUCCAGCCUCCUCAGACUUGGCGAACAAUAGCCUCCUGCCCACCUGGUCCGUGCCCUUCGUGAUAUUCUCAACCACUCUUCUCCCCCCUCGGCCUCUCCCUGUCCAGGCUGAAGAGCCCUCGGCCUUUUGAGCCCCUCCUGGUCCAGGUCCCUGUCCCUGCAGGUGGAGGAGGCAAGGCCUUGCCCCUGAGCUAUCUCUUUCUCUCCGUCUUUGCAGGGCUCUGGAUUCAAGUGGAAACUCCUGAGCGAGUCCCCAGAGGAGCACAGGCGAGCCGUCACGCUAGAGAAGAAGGAGGAGGAGGCGUUCGGGUUUGAGAUCCAGACCUAUGGCCUCCACCACCAGGACAAGAGGAGCGUGGAGAUGUUCACCUUCGUGUGCCGCGUGCACCAGGGCAGCCCAGCCCAGCUCGCCGGGCUCAAGCCAGGGGACAGCAUCACAGCUGUGAAUGGGCUGAAUGUGGAGGGCAUCCGGCACCGAGAGAUCGUGGAGAUCAUCAAGGCCUCGGGAAACGUGCUCAGGCUCGACACGCUGUACGGGACGUCCAUCCGGAGAGCGGAGCUUGAGGCCCGGCUGCAGUACCUGAAGCAAACCCUGUAUGAAAAGUGGGGCGAGUACCGCUCGCUGAUGGUGCAGGAGCAGAGGCUGGUGCGUGGCAUAGUUGUGAAGGAUCCCAGCAUCUACGACACGCUGGAGUCGGUGCGCUCCUGCCUGUACAGCGCCGGGCUCAUGAGCGGCUCCCCCCUCGGGCAGAUGCUGUCGGGCGCGGGCAGCACCUAUGGCAGUGCCAGCUGUGUCAGCACUGCCACAGAUGAGAGCGAGGACUCCCUCUACCAGACUUGCCUCUUCGACUCGGCUGACUCGCUGGACACGGCAUCCACCCGUCAUGGGACCACCGCACCCCCCGCCCUCUCGCCCCGCCGGCCCGCGCUGACCCGCAGCGCCAGCGUCAAGUGCACGGGCAGUGCCAGCAGCAAUGGGGCGGCCGGCCCUUUCUGGGACAAGCCCUGCGCCCCGGCCAGUGGCGUCGCUGGCCCCCGCAAGAGUAAGCACACCAGCUUCCGCAAGAGACUGCUCAAGUUCAUCCCUGGCCUCAACCGCUCACUGGAGGAGGAGGAGAGUCACCUCUAGGCACCGACUGGGCGCGGGGCACAUGGGGGUACAGCCACCUUCCCAGGACUUAUUUAUUUAUCUAUUUAUUGGCCUGGCCCCAGGUGACCGUGGGGUGCUUGUGCCUGGGGGACGAUGCCAUGGAGGUAGGGGAACUCCUGGCUGGUUUUACCUCUAUGGCGAAGCCCGAGACCUGGUCGGGGGCAGUGCGUGCCUGUUGGAGGGGAGCACCUCUGUCUGCCGGCAUGGUGGGGCUGGAGGUCAGACCCUGCCCUGCCAGGCACCCAGGCCCUGGGUGUGGUGCUGUGAGCGGGUGUCCACAGGCCUGGUGCUCUCAGGCGAGGCCAGCCUGCAGGGAGUAGCCAUGGCACAGGCAUGGUGCAAGGAGCUGCUCUGAGCACCGCCGGGCGCCAAGGCCCUCAGCCACCGCCCAGCUGCAGGGAGCCCUGGUGCAUCUUUGCACCGUGUCCUGCCUCGCCAGUGUUCUCGGCUGUUACCCACGUGCCUGCGUGAUACUCGGGGACUUGGGGCCGGCCCGUGAAGCGUAGAGCCCCUGGGCCAGCCCCGGGCUGCGGCCGAGAGCUGCUCUCCGCAGCCUCCUGGAAAACUUGGCUUUAGCUGUGUCUGGGCCGUAGCUCGUCCCUGCGCUCGGGGGCGGAGAGACUGUUUCCACCGCGGGGAAGUUCCCGGCUGAGCUGCCACGGCGCUGACUCUUUAUCUCAGGAAAUGGAGCAGGAAGGAGGUGGCUGGGCCUGAGGCAGCUCCACGAUGUGCUGGGCGGCAGGACGGGCCUGGCUGGAGGCCCCAGGGCAGGGGAGCUCUGUA